AAUUAAUGGUUUCUGCCUGCUGCACCGAGACAUUACACUACAUUUUUUUAAAAAAAUAUUUUGAAUUACAGCGGAUUGAUUUUGUUGGACGAAUCGGUCAAAAUGAGCACCAGAAAAGCACGACCAGCUUCGGCGGGACGCGGGAGUGAAAAUGAAAACAACAUACCGGCUCACAGCUCAAAUCGCCGGCGCUCUCCUCGCUUCUCUGACUCGCUGCAGAAUGAGCGGAAGAACCAGAAGCAAGGGAGCCCAAAACAUGCCGUGAAGCGAUCCAUCACCGUUAGAAAGAUAGCACCAAGGAAGACACAGGUGACUGAAACUCUGACCCCAUCAGUGAGGCGUAGCCCUAGGGUUUCAUCAGAAGGGAACAAGGUGAAUAUCAGCAGGCUGACAGAUGGAAAGUCAGAGAACCUCAAAAAAUCCACCUGUGCACCACCUCUUGCACCUAGCAAUACAUCUGCCAUCUUGCCACCUCCCAGUGAGACUGCCAUCCUGGCUCCAGCGUCUCCUGCCAAGCCACAGGAGGACUCCAGGAGUCUGGAGUGGUCCCAGAAAGUACGGCGCUCAUACAGCCGCCUAAGUUGUGGGGAGCAUUCAUUCCAGGGCGCUCCAUCCUCCCCAGCAACCCAACGAAGGGAUACACUCUUUGGAUUUGAGCAGCUGGAGACCCCUCCAGUAGCAGUCCACAGGGCACAGCAACACCACAUGAGUGUGGACUCCUCCCUUUCUGCUUUAGGGGGCUCCUUCUCUCUGAUGGAGGCCACCAGUAGCACCACGAGCUCCCCAGAGCCGGACCUCAACAUUCCUGGUGUAGCUGUGGUGAAAGAGAAGAGGAAAAGAUUAAGGGUUCAGCAGAUAAAGAUGUCGGAGCUGGAUAUGUUGGCAGCAAAGAUGAACGCUGAAUUCGAAGAGGCAGAGAACUUUGACUUGGUUGUGGAAUAAAGGAGCAUCAGCAGAAGUGCUAAGAAAUAACCAAAAAGAAGAAGAAAAAAAGUUCCCAACUGGGAACAGCUGUUAUAAAUUAGCCACUAGGAAGCUGGAUUUGCUGGGUAAUCGUAGUAUCCUUUUUUUGGAAGCUUAGGCUACUGUUGCUGCUUGUUUAUAUGGACUAAAGUGAGGGAGGACUCAAAUUUAGAAGUGGUCAGGUCUAAUUUGAUCAUGUUUCUCUGCAGCAGUAGACUAGCUUCCUCAACCUGCUUCUCAAUGAGCACAUGCUUAUUGGACAAGGCUCUGUGCUUCUAAUAUUCAUUAAACCAUUUAGAAUGCAGAAUUUGUUCAUUUGCAGUUCUCCACAUCUAGGAAUGGCAAUCACUGGUAUACAGUGUCACCACCACCUUGAACACUUUUCAGAUUUAACAGCAGUGGCACACAUGAGGAUAUAACUGCCUGUUUUUCUUCCAUUGUGCUUAGUGUACAAAUGUAGCUGUAUUUUCUCAUUACUUGUAGUAAUUGUAAUCUCCUUGCCCCUUUAGUCAUGACUUUUAAAAGUUGCUUUCUGCAUCUUCACGCUCAGUUCUACCUAAGAUGUUUAGGUUUUUAAAUUUUGAUUGUUUUAAAUCUGUUGGUUGUUUUCAGCCUCCAAGUGUGGAGCCCCAUGUCCUGGGUUCACAUAGAUAAAGAGCUGACCAAUACUAGUCCAUCAAUAUGUGUUCUUUGUCCAUGUAACAACUUUAAAGUCCCUGAGUCUGUUGCCUUCUGAUUCCAGCUAUGAA